GUCUAUGGCUGUCAGUUAUCGUAUAGUCAAGUGUCCAUCCAGAACAACCAGCCACUGCAAGUGCGGCAAUAAAUGUAUACCGAUAGGUGAGCUGCAUGCUGAUUCACAAUGAAUAAUAGACGUAGAUUUCAGAACGUGUUUUACAAACUCAAUCGACAUCGUGUUCUCUACCCGCUGUGGCUCUUCUUUUUGUUCAACGUCUUCACUCUGAAACAGCUGACAAUCGAUGAAACGGAAAAUGUUGAAGUUAAAGAAUUGGAUAUUGUUAAGUACAUUGAGCAUCAAUCAUCGGCUAGUUUUCAGGAAUCUGAAAAAGUGAAAACAAUUCUCAUGUGGAAUCCGUGGUACGGCGACUUUGGUUUCACGUUGGACGACGACUCUUCUUUCAGCCGUAUGGGUUGCAAGGUCACAAAUUGCGUCCUGUCGAAAAACAAAAACAAAGUGAUUCCUGAACAAGCGGAUGCCAUCGUGUUCCUCUACACCAACUUGUGCGAACUACCGAAAAUUCACGGCCGCCAAGGAUUUCAGCGAUUCGUUUUGCUCACCGACGAUCCCCCCAUGUGCUACCCUCGCAAUUACUUUGAGCGUGACAACCAUUUCGGGAGUUUCUUCAACUGGACAAUCUCUUACCGGGAGAAUGCCGACAUCACCUGGAAGAGGGGCUGGAUCGAGAAGCUGCUGGACCAGCCGUUGAAAAUAAGACAUUCGUUUCCCCAAAUUGGAAUGCGAGAAAAUUGGAAAAAGAAGAAGCUAGUCGGCUGGUACGUGGCUCGCUGUGGAUCCAAGAGCAAACGGGAAGGAUACAUCAACGAGUUGAGAGAGUACAUUGAGGUAGAUAGCUACGGACCCUGUGGCACUAAAAUUUGUCCGGAAACGAACGGAACACCCACUGCGGCUAUUCUGCCAUGUCUGGACAUGCUGGCCGAGAAUUACAAAUUUGUUCUGGCAUUCGAACGUUUCAUUUGUGACGACUUUGUCACGAAAAGAUUUUUCGAUCUGCUCAGUCGUGAUACUGUGCCUAUCGUUUUCGGGGGAGCUGAUUAUAAACUGAUUGCACCACCACAUUCGUUCAUUGAUGCUUUGUCGUUCAACCCGAAAGAGUUAGCUGAUCACUUACUGAAACUUGAAAAAGAUGAAAAACAUUAUUUCCGUCAUUUUUGGUGGAAAGACGUUUACAAGGUGCAUUCGGGAUAUGGAGAAUUGGCUUCUCGACCGUUUUGUGAUUUGUGCGAGAAACUGAAUAGCAACCUUCCUCGCAAAAUUUAUCGAAAUCUUGACGAUUGGUGGUACAACAACACCAAAUGCAGCGCUCCAGAAGACCGUGGCAUUGUGAUCCGGCAUAAUGGAACUGUCGAUGACCUGCACAGCAUUCAAAUUCCCUGGUCUUUUGAUGAUUAGAUUCGUGCUCUCCUAUGAUUUAAUUUUAUUAUCGUGUACUAAUCGUAAUUCUUAUUA